GGCUCCUUCAGUGCUGCCUACGAAAGGUUCGAAUCGGGCAUGAUCCCCGACGACGAAGAGACAAAGGAAGCCGACGCGCCGUUCACGCGCAAGGACCACCACGAAGUAGGCCUCCACGAAGUUAUCGCGCCAGCGCCAACGGCCCAAGGAUGCCUCAAGACGCGACGAGGCAAAGCGAUCCUCGCCGUGUCCGUGCUAGGAAUCAUUGGCAUCAUUGUCGGGCUCGUCGUCGCCAGCGGUGGCUCGGACGGCAAGGGCGCGUCACAAUCAACGUCGGACAAGAAUAUAGUUGCACCUGCUUCUUCGAGCGCACCGCCGUGGACGUCCCCACCAACUGCAGACACCACGACACUUACUCCUGUGAUGACAAGCGCACCGACACCAACGCCUCGACCGCCUGCGGUUGUUCAGCUUUAUACGCCCACGCCCACCCCACCCGUCGCCUCGACACCGCCACCAAGUCCAACUCUGGCGCCAACCCCAGCGCCGACGCCCGUCUUGUACGGCAAGAUCAACGACGGCACGCCGGGCACGGCCGGCCAAGUCACCAACAUGGCCUCGUUCCCGUCCCUCGGCUGCAAGCUACCCAACUACCUCAGCGAGAACGGCGGCCUCUUUGCGCAGGCGGCCAACGGCACCAAAGUGCCCGUCGCCAUCAAAGGCAUCAACUGGUUUGGCAUGGAAACCGAGCUCCACAUCCCGUUCGGUCUCUGGGCCAACCCGGACAACGGCACGUCCCUCUUUGAGGUUGUCGCCUUCCUCUCCCGGCACAACUUUAACAGCAUCCGCCUCCCGCUCACCGUCGACGCGCUCGUCAAGAACACGCCGCCCAACGCCAACGUCGUCAACGAGUACGAGAGCCCGGGGCUGAACCUCACGAGCUACGUGAGCGCGGUCCAGAGCAUCGUGCGCGCGUGCGGCGCCGUCGGCAUCUCGGUGCUCCUCGACAUCCACUACCUCAGUGUGACCGAGAAGGGCGACGCGUGGUUCAGCGACACGACGCCCGAGACCUCGACACUCGAAGCCAUGGACGUCCUCACGACCAACCUCUGUGGCGACGCGUACUGGAACGUCCUCGGCGUCGACCUCAAGAACGAGCCGUGGCAAACCACGUGGGGCGACGAUGGCCCCAAGGACUUUCGCCGCGGCGCGACGCUCCUCGCGCAGCGCAUGCUCGCCGUCUGUCCCAACUGGCUCGCGUUCGUCGAGGGCAACGCCGAGACGCACGCGAUUCAAAUCAACGGCACCCGCUUCGACUACUACGACUGGUGGGGCGGCGGUCUCCAGGCGGCGGGCACCUACCCCAUAUCGACGCUACCCUCCAAGCUCGUGUACGCGCCGCACUACUACAACCCGUCCGUGUACCCGCAGUCGUUUCUGGUCGCGAGCGCGGCGCCGCGGACGUCAGGCGAGACGGUUCUGCGCAACUACACCGAGUGGGACGACGCGGCGCUGCGCCACAUCGUGGCUGCGACCGUCCAAGACAUGUUUGGGUACUUGCGCGCGCAAGGCCACGCGAUCGUCUUUGGCGAGUUUGGCGACCUCUUUGCCCUCGACGCGCACCCGCGCAAGACAUCGCAGCGCGUUGUCGACAUGUGCAUGCAGAUCAUGAUGGAGCCGGGCUACAGCGGCGGGUACAUGUGGGCGCUCAACCCCGAGAGCGGGUACGGCUUCAACCCCUCCGACACGGCCGGGUACUGGACCGAGGGCCUUUUGCAGCCCAAUUGGCGCGACGUCAACACCGUGUACCUCGACGCGCUGCGUGCGCUCGAUCGUCUCCCGCACCUGGGUCGCUUUCCGUGCUUUACCUAGUUGAAUUUUAGAUUGCUAUCUUUGCCAAACAGAGUAUGAAACAGUGUUUGGAGAACGGUGAAGCUAAAUUGAGAUGCCAGUGGAAUCUAUAAAUAGAAUUGCGCAUUGCAAUCGUCGACGAUGGUCGCAUUUGAGUUUUUU